CAACGAAGAAAAGAGAACUGAUGUGACGUAAUAGUGUUUACACUACACAGUGGAUUCGCGAGGACGUGUAGGCUAACGGGGCUAAUUUAGAGGAUUUUGCUUCAAAAUUGGAUGUUUCUCCGUGUAGUUUGGUGGCAGUUUCCGCAUUUUCCAUGGGCGCUCACGGAGUUUUGGGAAACGAGCCCGACUCCAUAGACUACUCUGUGCACGAAGCGUGGAACGAGGCCACGAAUGUCUACCUGCUGGUGAUCCUGGUCAGCUUCGGCCUGCUCAUGUACGCCAGAAAAAACAAGAGGAAGAUCAUGCGCAUCUUCACUCUGCCUCCCACCGCGGGCAGCAGCCCGGAGCCCAACUUCUACGACAGCCUGCAGAAGGUCCGCCUGCGACAGCAGCUGGAGAUGUACUCUCUGGAUUCAAGGACCCACUCCACACCACGCCGAGAUACGCCAUGUUUUCAGCUAACCUCUCUGUGGGAAUCGCCUUGUUGUUGCAAAAAUACUAUUUUACGCCGACCACACUGUUAUUUGUAACCUUUUUUCUUUUUUCUUCUUGGAUUCAGCUAAAGAAAUGAAAACAAGGAUGCUCCUAACACAGAUACAAUUAAAAUUUGGUUCUUUGCUAAGUGGAGUCAUCCAUGAGUAAGAUGCCUUUUUAUAUGCUUGGAUCAUUCGUAGGUCAGUGUUAAGUCGCUUAACAAAAAAAUGAAUAAAUAAAUACACGAUAUGGUACAAAGACUGGACCAAUGCAAGUGAUGUCCAAGGAAUAGUGUUUUAAUUGGUCAAAACAACUUUAAGAAAUUACAAGAAAUUGUCUCCAUUGAAGCAAAACGGUAGGUGGCUCAAGACUUUUGCACAGUACUGUAGAUGCUACCUUUAUUGAACUAAAAUAAGGUUGCACAGCAAGUCAGUGAAUAUUGUGUGGCAAAGCCUUUAACAUUACACUGGGUUGUGCUUGCUGGUGAGGCUAUGGCUGGACGAAGCCAGACGGAGGUUUGAUAUUGAGUUUUUUUUUUGUGUGUGUGUGUGUGUG